ACCGCGAUUACCGUAUCGUCCGUUUUGACUAAACAUCGUCAUAUCGCGACUAUCGUCAGUCAAUAAUUGUAUGUAUUCCUGAAAUAUAUAGUUUCUUGACAGAAAUGCCUCAUUGAAUGCCUUAAAUUAAAGUAUGACGAUCACUUAAGCUGUGGUGACGCACGGUUAUCAGUAUGGAGGCAGACGCACCCGUCAUUGUCAGCUCCUCGCUGAAGGAACACGAACUCAUCCGGAAGUUAGUGGAGUGCAAGAUGAAGGUGCGCUACUCUGAUUCCGUUGGACCAGGCGUCGUUAUUUUGUCACGUUCAGGUGUGGCCUUUAAGCUUGUCACGGUGGAGGAAAUGUCUGAGGGAAUGAAGAGCCCCGUCCUGCUGGAGAUUAAAAAGUUCUCAUCGGUGCAUCGCAACAGCUUUCUCUUACUCAUCGCCAGCUUCCACGGACAGAAGGAAAUGCAGAGUAUGCACCACCUGCAGCUGAGAUUCUUAACGACGAAUCUGAAAAUCAUGCCAGUGCACAACAUUAAGGAAGUGAUGUCAGUCAUGUUCACCAUCACGAAGAUGAUGAGCAAACCCGAAGCGGAUGUCAUGAAGAAGAAGAUGGCCAUGGUUUCCACCAUGGUCGUGAACAAGAGCCCCGUUUGGCAUCUUCUGCAGCACAUAGACAUCCCACCUGAGAGUUCACCCCCUUGCCCCGCCACAAGCUCUUUGAUGAACAGGGAUGCUAGGGGAACAGACUGAUGCGUGAAACCCCCAUUGUUGGUAUUGUCUCACGUAGUGGCUGUUAUAUCGAGAGACCUGCGUUGCAUAUGGGGAGUCCAAGUGCCUUAAAACGUUCGACAUCAAUUCCUGCAUUCAUUGUUAUUUCACUCAAGGACCAUUGUGUCUUGUUUCGCAACUGGAAGUGUAUUUUAUUGUGUUAGCAUGUUUCGUACGUUACAUCUUUAGCUAUAGCAUAAAUGUGCAUGGAUCCGAUCUUUUUUACUCACAUUUUUUUUGUAACUGCUUGAUGAAUGCCUCACUACUGUGACACUGCAGUUUUGCUUGCUUAAUGUUAAUUUAUGUAUGCAAUAUUUUCGCUUCCUCGUUUGAUGCAGUGUUUUGGUUUGAUUUUUUAUUGUUGUUGUUUCCGAUUGCUUUGCUUAAUUGCUGUGAAAUGUUUUUUUUUCCUUUUGUCAUUGUCUUGGCUCAGCGAAUUUAUUAUUGAACGUUCAGUUAUGUUGUGAAAUAUUUUCGAUUCUUCACGUGACACCGUUGGUUUUUUUGCUCUGAUUUAUAUUCGCUUCAUCGCUGAACCUCGCGUUAUUUGUUUGGCUUUUGAUAGUUUAGGCACCCAGGUCAUUCUUGCAAAUGAGACUCGUCCUUGGUGUCUUCCUGUUAAACAAAAUAAACUUGGACUUGUGGUUUCCUG